AUACUGACCGGAUGAGCGCUAGGAUACUUUUUGUUGCUUUCCUGUGCCGCCGAGCCAACUUGCCGACGGGCGCUAUGCGAGAUCUAACGCGAAUUUAAGUGAAAUGAUGGCAUCAAACCAGCAGAAAACAUGCGUUUUUGCCUUGUUUAAUCGGUUCUCGCGUGACAGCAGCUCCCCAGCUCUGGAUUAGUUAAGCCAAGAGCGCCGGACAAUGCGACCCAGUUAGCCGGGGCUAGUUGCUAACUGGCUAAGGAAGUUAGCCGGUUAGCUAGCGAGCCGCGUCAGCUUGCCGUAGGCUGAUUUCUCGUUUCGCGCAUUUCCAGCCUGUUCGCCGACCUCUGUCACCGUUUAACCGGCUAGUUGAGCACAGCCGUUGGACUGCGACGCGCAGCUUCACCGGUGUCGAACAGAGAAAGGACUGAAACAUACACACGUCGCUUUUAAAAUGGAGCGCGAGCGGGGUUUGGCAUAAACGGCAGCUUUUCCCCUGCAAACACCGCUCUUUUGUUUUGACAAAGGAAGCGGAGUUUCUUUCUUUUUCUUUUUUUAAACCACCGGUUCACAUCUGCCGGUGGGCCGGAUUCUUUCAUCCUUUUGUUUCGUUUAGUUGCGACAAUGGCUCCACAGAAGCAGGGCUCCUCGGGUGGAAGCCACCCGGCGGGUUCUGGUUCUGGAGGUAAAGCCAACGGGUUCUACCAGUCCUCCUCCUCCUCCUCCUCUUCCUCCUCCUCUGCGAUGGCUGUAGCCAAGAAGCCCAACAUGCAACUCAUCCAAGCCGACCACGAGCUGUUCCUGCAGGCCUUCGAGAAGCCCACUCAGAUCUACAGGUUCCUCCGUACCAGGAACCUGAUCGCUCCCAUCUUCUUGCACAGGACUCUCACCUACAUGUCCCACAGAAACUCCAGGAAUAACCUCAAGAGGAAAAGCUCGCAGGUCGACAAUCUGUUGUUCAAGGUGGAGAAGAUGAGAGGAGAACAGGAGACUCACAGCUUGGCCUCUAAUCUGCAGCUCACCUUUACUGGCUUCUUUCAUAAAGCUGGGAAGCCGUCUCAGGACAGUGAGAACGAGCAGAACUCUGUUUCCCUGGAGGUGCUGCUGGUCAAAGUCUGUCACAAGAAGAGGAAGGACGUGAGCUGUCCCGUGAAGCAGGUCCCGACCGGGAAGAAGCAGGUUCCCCUGAACCCGGACCCAGGAGUCCAGGCCAAGCCGGGCUCCUCCCCCUCCCUGCUGGUUCCCAGCAGCGAGUUUGAGCCCAGCAACUCCCACAUGGUGAAGUCCUACUCGCUGCUCUUCAGGGUGUCGAGGUCCGGCUGCCCCCGGCCUCCCAUCAACGGCCUGGUCAACGGAGAGAACCACCACAGCAGGGGUCUGGAUUUCACAGAGGAAGUGGUGAACAGGAAGAGGCGGAGCUCUUCUCUCAGGGAGGAAGGAGAAAGCAUGUUUGUGGCCCAGAUGACGGUCUUUGACAAAAACAGACGUCUGCAGCUGCUGGACGGGGAGUACGAGGUGUCUAUGCAAGAGAUGGAGGAGUGUCCAGUCACCAAGAAGAGGGCGACGUGGGAAACCAUCCUGGAUGGAAAGCGCCUGCCUCCCUUUGAGAGCUUCUCUCAGGGUCCCACCCUGCAGUUCACGCUGCGCUGGACCGGAGACUCGUCCGACCGCUCCACGGCGCCGGUGGCCAAACCUCUGGCCACCCGCAACGCCGAGACCAACCAGGACCCCCGGCCCAGCGCCCUGAGGGCCGCGCCCACGCCGGCUGUUAAAGAAUUGGUCAGCGCGGAUGUGACGACCAGAAGAGAGCUCGUCUCAGCCGCGCCGCGCCAGAAGCUCCGCAUCUUCUACCAGUUUCAGUACAACAGCAACACGCAGCAGCAGACGGAGGCCAGAGACGACCUCCACUGUCCCUGGUGCACCCUCAACUGCAGGAAGCUCUACAGUCUGAUCAAACACCUCAAGCUGUCCCACUCCCGCUUCCUCUUCACCUACGUGCCCCACCCCAAAGGAGCGAAGAUCGAGGUCUCCAUCAACGAGUGCUACGACGGCUCGUACGCAGGAAACCCUCAGGACAUCCACGGCCAGCCGGGCUUCGCCUUCAGCAGGAACGGGCCGGUCAAGAGGACGGCCGUCACCCACGUGGUGGUCUGCAGACCGAAGAGGACCAAGGCGAGUCUGUCCGAGUUCCUGGAGCCAGAGGACGGGGACCAGGAGCAGCCAAUCAUCAGCGGCCACAACCGCCUCUACUUCCACAGCGACAGCUGCGUCCCGCUGCGUCCUCAGGAGAUGGAGAUGGACAGCGAGGACGAGCGGGACCCCGACUGGCUCAAAGAGAAGACCGCCAUGCAAAUCGAGGACUUCACCGACGUCAACGAGGGCGAGAAGGAGAUCAUGAAGCUGUGGAACCUCCACGUCAUGAAGCACGGCUUCAUAGCGGACAACCAGAUGAACGAGUCCUGCCUGCGGUUCGCCGAUCACCACGGGGUCCACAUCGUCAGGAACGACCUCUGCCGCAACUUCCUGCUGCACCUGAUCAGCAUGCACGACUUCAACCUGGUCACCACGCAGACCAUCGACCAGGCCAUGGCCCGCCUGCGCCUCCUGCAGAGCCAGCGCGCUCACAAGCAGAAGGAGGAGGAGGAAGAUGAGGAGGAGGACGACUGGGAGACGGCUGUAGAGUCCCAACCAGACCUGGACCCGGAUCUGGAGGAUCCACUGCGUCAGGAGGAGAAGACCAACGGCUGUGUGCAGAACGGGAACCAGGAGGAGAAGAUGGAAGAGCAGCAGGAGAGAGGAGAAGGAGGAGGAGGAGGAGGAGCUGCGACGGAAAGGACGACCGGCAAGCGGAGACCUUCCGGCUGCGACUCAGAGAGUGAAGAUAAAUGACAGACAGGUUCGUGCAGGGAUUCAGGAGCCGUUUCAUUAUUCCAUUACCGGGGGAGAAGAGUUGUAACCCGCCAUCGCAUCGUCUCCUCUACGAACCCACCGGGCUUAACAAAGACUGGACCGCCGAGGAAGCUCAACCGAUCCGGAUCAGUUGACGGGUCGAAUUCUCUCUUCAGCCAACUGUAAAUUUUACUCGUCGUCCUCAGUGUGAAGAACCAUUCGGCUCCUGCUGCACCAAAGGCUUCUACUUUGUUACCGUCAUGGGUCCAAGUGUCUCGUGGUCUCUGGGGGACUGAUCUGGUCCGUGGACACAGGUUAUGACUCGAGAUGUACACGGGUCUCUGUGUCUGAUGGUGUCCAGGAUUCUCAUCUGGUCUCCUGGACAUCAGAGGUCUGAUGAUGUGUCUCGCUGUCCAGCUGGGUCCCGAUGAGCUCACCUGGUCUCUGGGUGUCUGAUUAAGGGCCUUGGACUCUUACUCGUUCUCUGGGCGUCUCACCUGGUUUCUAAUCAGGUCUUCAGGUCUUUAACAAGGUCUCCAGGUCUCUGAGUCCAGAAGUCUGAUAUUCUCCAUCUGUUCACGAUAUAUAGAUCUAUACAUAUAUAGAUCUAUAAACAUGUAGAUCUAUAUACACGUAUCAAUAUCUCUGGAUGAGACCGUCUCUCUGGUGCUAGAUCUUUGUUUUUAUUGCUGUUGUCUCUCAGCGACCUCCACUGCCAGCUCUCACACUCAAACACCACUUCUUGCUCCGCCUCCUUUUUCUAAAACCCACCAAUCAAAUCCAGGACUGCUUUUGUUAAGACAACAAACUUGUUUUUAGGUUGUUUUUUUUGGUGAAACUUUUGUAAAUCUAUUUCAGUCCUCACAAAUAUAUGGCGUGUUUUUUGCGUAGUCAAUCGACGGGAUUAUCGGUCCCCCUUUUGGGUUUUUAAUCCUGAAGCCUUUUAUUUCAGGUCAUUAUGACUCGAAUCUUCUUUUUCGGGCUGGCGUCCCGCACAAAAGGCUGCCGAAUAAUUGAUGAAAGAAUAAAAAUGGAAUGAAAUAUCUGCAGCCACGCUCAGCGUUUGUUUUCUCCCCAGCUGGUGUGUCAGUGAACAUGUGACUCUAAAACCAAUACAUUCGUUUUUGAAUACGAUUGUUCAGGAAGCCUGAACGCAUCACGGGAGGUUUUUUGUAGUUUACACACCAAAGGAGAUGACGUUUGCUGCAGAUUUCUCUGCCCUUUGUUUCGUGUCUCCUGUGAACAUUUUUUUC